AAGUCCCAUGUGCUUCCAGCGACAGCUGGUCGUCGAGGCAACGGCGUUUUCUCUAACUCUUUUUUCUUUUUCUUUAGGAGAUUUCCUGAUAUUAUUAUUUUUUUGGUCCACGUGGGCAUGCUUUCUCAUCAGGAUCACGAUUUGCUAUGAGAAGGCUGCAAGCUAAGUGGCACAGGAUAAGUUGUAUAUUUUGAGAUGAAGGCUACAGGGUCUCAUUUUCUGAAGUUUUUGAAGGACGCUUGGGCGUCGUGUUCCGAAUUCUGGAGUCGAAUUGCGGGGCAGUAGUUAGAAGCUAAGGGUUUUUGGGGGGAUGCAAUGUGGGCGUCUUGCUGCGAUGUCUAAGUGAACACGGUUGGUUAUCUUCCUGUUUCCCGUAGGCUGUCUGGGAAGGUUACAUUCUUGAGAAGGUUUGGCGAUAGCGAUGGCGUUGGCGUGCUCUGCAACGCCUGUUGCUCUCCAAGUGCAAGAAACUUUGUGCCAGUCUGCGUGCCGAGCAGCAGCAGAGGGUCCUUCCCAUGUAAACUGUGGCGUUUCGUGGGCUUCUUCCUUUGGGUCCGCCCGCUUAUUUCAUGCUGGUCCAAUCAGAUCAGUGGGGCUGCAGCGAAGGGUAAACUCUCCUGGCUUACAUAUUCGUGCUCACACCGAAACAGCAGAGGUGCCAGAAACCACCGACCGUGUGGCAUGUCCAGCUGUGAAACCCGAGGUCGAUCCAUCAAUUUUUGAGUCAGUGGACGUCCGUGUCGGCCUUAUCACAGAUGCAAAGCCAGUGCAAGAUGCGGAGAUGACGGCUAAGCGUGGAAAGCCGACUUUGAGCCGAAAAUUUCUGCAGCUCACGGUGGACAUAGGGUGUGAACAACGAACAAUUGUGUCUGAGUGUAAGUACGUGAUGGACGUCGAAGAUGCGGUUGGCAAGAAAGUCCUCAUUGUAGCAAAUGUGCCACCAACUGAAGUCAACGGUAUUAAGAGCCACGGGGUAGUGCUUACUGGAUUCAACUACGACCCCACUCCGAUGCCACGCAGCUUUAAAGUCAUUUUACCAGGCCUUGGCCGACUGCCCCCUGGCUCUCAGGUUAAGGGAGCUUGUUUUCCUUGAUGACAUGAUGAAACCUCUCUUUUUUCACAGCUUCAGUUUUGGAAUGUGUUAGAUACAGACUGGCUUCUUGUACUCAUUCUUCAUGUGUUGUCUAUAUCAGUGCAUGCGCUUUUGUUUGAAAUGUUAUGAGAUGAGAUUCAUUACCACUUCCCUUAGAUUCUUAUCUUUGUAAGUUCGUGGUGAAGAAAGCUUGAUGAUAGCCCGCCUAAGGAGCAAGGAUAUCCCUCCUCUUGAAUUCGUAGAAUAGUAUUACUGUCCUUUCAAUUACAACCGCGAACAGUCUCAAACAGCCCUUAGAUUUUGUCAGCAACUCAGCCAUUUAGCAUCCCAGCGAUUACUUUGGAAUUUGUACUUUUUAUAGGUAAUAUGCUAUGCUUCUCGAUCUCA